ACACAAUCACAGCGCAGCACCAUCGUUCGUUCUCUUUCCACCACCACAAACCAACAACGCAAACCUCCACCAUGAUCUCCUUAAUUGCCUCCAUCUCCUUCCCUCGGCGCCAGAUUCCAACGAGGAGGUCACUUUCCAUCUCCUCCUCCUCCUCCGCCAUCGGCCACGCCGGUCCACAGAUCCCCAAUCCUGGCGAAAGAGGGAAAUUUAACAGGAGCCGAGAGAGAGAUAGAGAAAGCAAAGAACUUGAACCCAAUGCCGAGCUAUGUUGCCAGUGGCGGAGCAUAGGUAGCCUCCUGGAACCCCAGCAGUUUGUGAAGAUUUUUGAAACAUUGCCAAUUGAGUUAUCGCGAUUUAAGGAGGAGGAGGAGAUGUCGGGCUACGUCGGCGUUAUCGUUUCCGAUCCCUGGCUUCACAGCCAAUUCACCCAGGUCGAGCUACGAGGCCUCCAAUCCAAAUACCUUUCAGCAAAGAAGGAUUCGGGGCAUGCCACAGCUGCAACUUUGUCGCCUGUUUUGGCCAAGUUGAAGGCUCUCCGCGGUGUUUUUACGGUGGAAGACAUAUCUGAAAUCCUGAAAGCUUCCGAUCUAGAUGAAAACCAUGAGUUGGACUUCGAGGCAUUCUUGCGGGUUUAUUUGGAAUUGCAAGCGCGGGCUUCUAACAAAGACGGCAGCGUGAAGAAUUCCUCAUCGUUCUUGAAGGACAGCACCACCACACUUCGUCACACCAUCAUAGAAUCUGAGCAAGAUUUUGCUGUAGCACAUAUUAAUGGUUAUCUUGGAGAUGACCCGUUUUUGAAGAACUAUUUGCCACUUGAUCCAGCUACGAAUGAUUUGUUUGACUUGGCGAAAGAUGGCGUCCUUCUUUGUAAAUUAAUCAAUGCGGCAGUUCCGGGUACAAUAGAUGAAAGGGCAAUCAACACAAAACGAGUGCUGAACCCAUGGGAGAGGAAUGAAAACCAUACUCUGGGCUUAAACUCUGCAAAAGCAAUUGGAUGCACAGUCGUUAAUAUUGGUACACAAGACCUUAUUGAAGGGAGGCCUCAUCUUGUUCUUGCUUUGAUAUCGCAGAUCAUUAAGAUACAACUAUUAGCAGAUCUUACCCUGAAGAAGACACCUGAACUUCUGGAGUUAGUAGAUGAGAACCAUGAUGUGGAGGAGCUCUUAAAUUUAUCACCAGAAAAGAUGCUGCUUAAAUGGAUGAAUUUUCACCUCAAGCGAGGAGGAUACACAAAAACUAUAACAAAUUUUUCUUCGGAUCUGAAGGAUGCAGUGGCUUACGUAUAUCUGCUUAAUGUCCUGGCACCUGAGCAUUGUAAUCCUGCAACACUAGAUGUCAAAGAUCCAGAAGAAAGGGCUAAAAUGGUGCUAGAGCAUGCUGACAAAAUUGGCUGCAAAAGAUACUUGACAUUUGAGGAUAUUCUGGAAGGCAUCUCUAAUCUCAAUCUUGGAUUUGUUGCACAGAUAUUUCAUUUUAGGAAUGGUCUGUCAAUAGACAGCAAGAACAUUUCAUUCGCUGAAAUGAUGCCGGAUGAUGUGCAAGUGUGUAGAGAAGAAAGAGUUUUCAGGCUGUGGAUCAAUAGUCUUGGAAUACCUACUUUCGUUAACAAUGUUUUUGAAGAUGUUAGAAAUGGGUGGGUUCUUCUGGAAGUUCUUGACAGGAUCUAUUCUGGGUCAGUGAACUGGAAGCAAGCAACAAAGCCACCCAUCAAGAUGCCUUUUAGAAAAGUGGAAAAUUGCAAUCAAGUAAUUCAGAUUGGUGAACAACUGAGAUUUUCCCUCGUAAAUGUCGAGGGCAAUGACUUUGUUCAAGGAAAUAAAAAACUAAUUCUAGCCUUUAUGUGGCAGUUGAUGAGAUUUGAUAUAUUGCAACUACUCAAGAACUUGAGAACUCAAUCUCAAGGAAGAGAAAUCAAAGACGCCGAUAUCCUGAAAUGGGCAAACACUAAACUGAAGAGCGCUGGAAGACGUUCUCAAAUGCAGAGUUUCAAGGAUCCCAGCCUUGCAAAUGGCAUGUUUUUCCUGGAACUUUUAAGCUCUGUGGAGCCGCGGGUUGUCAACUGGAAUCUUGUUAAGAAGGGUGAAACUGAUGAUGAGAAGCGGCUGAAUGCUACAUACAUAAUAAGUGUUGCAAGAAAGCUUGGAUGCUCCAUCUUUUUAUUGCCUGAAGAUAUCAUAGAGGUAAAUCCAAAGAUGACCCUCGUCCUCACAGCUGCCAUCAUGUAUUGGAGCUUGAUUCAACCGCUGGAGAACUCGGACGAGCUGGAAUCUCUUGCCGACGAUUCAUCCUCUCACAAAGCUCCAUCUGAAAUGUUUCCAGACGAUGGCAUCUCAGCAUCUGAUGGAGAAGGUGAGAGUUUUGCCACAAGUAUCAUAUCAACCAUCACAUCGGAGGAUGGUUCUUCAGCAAGUUCAGAGGUAGAAGAUGGUUGAAUGGAAAGGGAAGGUGCACCUUCAAAUUAAGAAAGUUCAGAGGAGCCAAUGCAUGAACUACUAUUUAUUUAUUUAUUUAUUUCAAAUAUUGUGUUCGAUGCACUGUGUUCAUAUAUGUGCAUAUUUACCAGACGAUUCUCUUCGGAAGGGUAUAUAUUUUAUCUGAUGAAAUUCUUGUAAUCUGUCUUAAAUCGUUGGAACAUAAGGUCUGUCGUAUACUUAUCAGCUCCUUCAUCCAAGAUAUCAUACACUGGGAGUAAUAUAAUUUUUCAGC